GGGGCAGAGCACGACUGUAAUGACGGCCGUCCCUUCUUGCAGUGUCUUCCUGGGACUCGAGUCGACCUCCUGAAUACAUUGGAGACGUCCUUGUCGCAAGAGGAGCCACAGAUUUUCUGGCUCUUCGGAGAGUCAGGCUCAGGAAAAUCAAGCGUUGCCUACUCCAUAUCAGAGCGCUUGCGCAAAAAAGGCCUCUUGGCCGCAACUUUCUUCUUUUCACGCCGACAUGUCUCCAGGAGCAACACCGACCGUGUCUUCCUCACCAUUGCAUACCGCAUCGGCAUUUCUCACCCUCGUGCCAAAGCAGUGAUCGUUAAAGCCAUCCAGAAUGAUCCUGAGCUACUCUCUUGUGAGAGGUCCCGACGCGAGCAGUUUGAAAAGCUUGUUGCUGAGCCGUUGAGGAGUCUCCAGCAU